AUGCUGAACAGCGAGGAGUCCAUCGCCUUUAUGGUAUUUUCAGAUUUGCUGGACGUAGUGACUUUUCCAGAUUGGCAAAACGAAUGUCUUAAAUUAACCAUGCAAUCAGGUGGUGCUAAUUUGGUUUAUAGUUUACCAACAAGUGGCGGAAAGACUCUGGUAGCCGAAAUCUUGAUGCUUCGGGAGCUACUUUUACACAACAAAAAUGUUCUCUUCAUCCUUCCUUUCGUGUCCAUUGUUCAGGAAAAAGUUCGCUCGCUCACUCCAAUGGGUUUGGAGCUUGGAUUUUGGGUCGAGGAGUAUGCAGGGAAUCGAGGCCGCAUUCCCCCGGUGAAACGACGCGGCUCAUAUUCUGUCCUCAUGGCCACGAUUGAGAAAGCGCACUCCAUCGUUAAUGCAUUGAUCGACGCAAAAAAUCUGACAGAUUUGGGUUUGGUCAUUGUGGAUGAGCUACAUAUGAUUGGCGAGGGUGGGUCUCGUGGUGCUUGUUUGGAGAUGACCCUCACAAAAAUCCGACUAGUUUCACGUGAGUAUCUCAUUUUACUUUGCAUUUUAUAA